UUUAGAAAUGAGCCCACGAACUGUAACCGAAGCGGCGACUAUACAGCGUGGAAGCGAUGAGAUUGGGGGAAAUCGAAUUACAACAUUUUGGGUUCAUCGUUUGGCGAUCAAUCAGGUUGCGAUCCUUUCUUUCUAAUUUCACCAUGGCGGAUGUAGAAGUUGUUGAUCCUAAAAAGUGUCUCGAGGAAUCUUGUAAACCAAAAUGUGUGAAGCCACUACUUGAAUAUCAGGCGUGUGUUAAGAGGGUCCAAGGUGAUGAGUCUGGACACAAACAUUGCACUGGGCAGUAUUUUGACUACUGGCAAUGUGUUGACAAAUGUGUCGGACCUAAGCUGUUUGCGGAACUAAAAUGAUGAAGAGAAGUUGGAGUAUUGAGUCUGUGUUUUGUAUUUUUUUUUUCUUUCUCAAGGGUUUAUAUAAAAUGCACUGGAUACUGAACAUUACUGCAAACCAGAUUGCAACUGGUUCCUUCUUGGUUUUGUUUCUAUAUCAGAGCUGCAAGUCCUUUGUUGUUGUCUGGUGGGAGGAAACCUUUAUUGAGUUUGGGACACUUGAUUAACGCCUAAUAAAUGAAAAGAAGAAUGCGAUUAUA